UAGCGUUGUCUUAAUUUGAAAAAUUUGUUAGUUUUUCUAUCAAUAAAGUUAAACAAACCUUUUUAAAUAUUAAAAACAUAUCUCAGAUAAACUAAAAAUCCCAAAUCACAACAAACUACAACCAGAAUGUCUUGCACAAUUCGCAUUUUCCUCCAUUAUGGCCAACAAUUAGUGGCCGAUUUCACUGCCAUUUAACGCCAAAACCGCAAAAGUGUGUCCAUAAUUGAUAAUUUUCUGGUCUCGAAGCAUAAUUAAAGCAGCGCCAUUAGUUUUCAGUGCUUUUUGUUUGUUUUUGUUGGUAAUUUUAGGGCCCAAGAACGACGUUUGUGUGUCUCUCGACUGCUGCUGGCAGUUUAGCUUGGCCAAAAGUGCCAUGUUAACUGGUUUAACAGACGGCUUUUGCGGCUGCGCAGCAACUGGUUGAUGUUGCUAGUUGCUGUUGCUGUUUGCUGUUUGCUGCUUGGCCUCUGUUAUGUCGCAUGUUGCUGGUUUUCUGGUUGCUGGUUGCUGCUGCUGCUGCUGCUGUUGGCCACGCUUUUUGGCCACCAAACGGAUUCAGUGCAGCGGCGACUCUCGAACGGUAUUGUUGGCUUUAGCGGUAACUCGUUGCUGGCCGUGCAUACGAAAGAAGAUACUUUUAACAUUUUUUUUUCUUUUGAUUUUGAUUUUGAUAUUUGAGUCUCAGUUCGUGGCUGGAACUUUUCUUGCACAUUUUUCUUUUUGUUUGGCGGCCUGGCUUUGGCUUGCCUGGUUUUUUUUACUGUUUUUCUUGUUGAUUUUGCGUGCCUCGAGUGAAUGUGGAAAAUUUGCAGAUAGUUUUUUCUGCGAUUCGAUAUGUGUGUGGAUUUAGUUAUUCAGUUAUUGGGCCAAAAAGAGCGCCGCCGCGCCUGGCCGAAAGUGAAAAACUUAAUGCGCAGACGUGUGUAACAGUUUUUACUUUCGGCCUGGUUAAAUAUUUUUUUUUUUAUUCGGCAUCUCCAAUAGUUGCUUUUGUUGGCUGCUGAUGUUGUUGUUGUUGUUGCUGCUGCUGCUGGGAGGCAGUGGAGCAUUUAGCCAAGAUCUGUGCAGAUUGCAUAAAAUACAGACACAGCAGCGACAACAACAACAGUAACAACAACAACUGCAACCGCAUUUAGCCCAGUUUUCUGAGCAAAUAUUUUCCAAAAGCUAACGACAAAAAAUCUCACACUAAAUCUUAGCGUUAUUUUUUCCUCCUCGUCGUUGUCGUCGCGUUUAACUGAAAUAAUAACAACAACAACAACGAGAGCAGCAGCAGCAACAGCAACAACAGCAGCAACAGCAACAGCAACAGCAGCAACACCAUUGCCAGCAGCAACAUCUAGCCCAAAGGAGCCUUGUAUUGCCACCUCGACCAGCAAAAAGCCGCCAAAAUGCUUCCGUUCCGGCGUGGAGCGGCCUGGCAAACGCUCUUCCUGCUCUGCGCUCUCGCCUAUUGCAUAAAUGAAGCCAGCAGCGAGGGUCGCGUGGUCUGUUACUACACAAACUGGAGUGUCUAUCGACCGGGCACGGCCAAGUUCAAUCCACAGAACAUAAAUCCAUACCUGUGUACACAUUUGGUGUACGCAUUCGGUGGAUUCACCAAGGACAACCAGAUGAAACCCUUCGACAAGUACCAGGACAUAGAACAGGGUGGCUAUGCCAAGUUCACUGGACUCAAAACGUACAACAAACAGCUGAAGACCAUGAUUGCCAUUGGCGGGUGGAACGAAGCCAGUUCCAGGUUUUCGCCAUUGGUGGCCAGUAACGACCGUCGUCAGCAGUUCAUCAAGAACAUCCUGAAAUUCUUGAGACAGAACCAUUUCGAUGGCAUUGAUCUGGAUUGGGAGUACCCAGCCCAUCGAGAGGGCGGCAAGUCCCGGGAUCGCGAUAACUAUGCCCAGUUUGUCCAAGAGUUGAGGGCCGAGUUCGAAAGGGAAGCGGAGAAAACUGGACGCACUCGUCUCCUGUUGACCAUGGCAGUUCCCGCUGGCAUUGAGUACAUCGACAAGGGUUACGAUGUCCCCAAGUUGAACAAGUAUCUGGAUUGGUUCAAUGUCCUGACCUACGAUUUCCAUUCAUCCCACGAGCCAUCUGUUAACCACCAUGCUCCGCUCUACUCGCUGGAGGAGGACUCCGAGUACAACUACGAUGCCGAGUUGAAUAUUGACUACUCCAUCAAAUACUAUCUGAAAGCGGGUGCGGAUCGUGACAAGCUUGUCUUGGGCAUACCAACCUAUGGACGAUCCUAUACUUUGAUCAACGAGGAGAGCACCGAACUGGGAGCACCUUCAGAGGGUCCAGGAGAGCAGGGUGAUGCCACGCGCGAAAAGGGAUAUCUGGCCUACUAUGAGAUCUGUCAGACCCUCAAGGACGACCCCGAAUGGACUGUGGUGCAGCCGAAUGCCAAUGUUAUGGGUCCCUAUGCCUACAGGCGCAACCAGUGGGUGGGCUAUGACGACGAGGCCAUCGUGCGCAAGAAGGCCGAGUAUGUGGUGGCCCAGGGACUGGGUGGAAUUAUGUUCUGGGCCAUUGACAACGAUGAUUUCCGUGGAGUCUGCAAUGGAAAGCCAUAUCCCCUUAUUGAGGCGGCCAAGGAAGCUAUGGUGGAGGCAUUAGGACUGGGCAUCAACGAGGUUGCCAAGCCAAGUGGUCCACAGAAACCUUCAAGAUCCCGCAGUCGCGAUAAUGCUGGAACCAGGAACCGUCUUAACGGCAAGACCGAAGCACCACCCAGCUCCAGGAGACCCAGUGCCACUAGAAGACCAACAGUGAGCUCCACCCAACCGCCACCGCCAAGCACCACCUUUAAGCUGACCGAAGCUGAGGGAUCCUCUCUUUACAUUGGUGGCCGUGCAUCCACCACGCCACCACCACCAACGACUCCGGAUCCAGGUUCUGACUUCAAGUGCGAAGAGGAGGGCUUCUUCCAGCACCCCAGAGAUUGCAAGAAGUACUACUGGUGUCUGGAUAGUGGACCAUCUGGUCUGGGAAUUGUGGCUCACAUGUUCACGUGUCCAUCGGGACUGUACUUUAACCCAGCCGCCGACUCAUGCGACUUUGCCCGCAAUGUACCCUGCAAGACCAAGAAAUCCACCACUGUGGCACCAAUAACCUCAACAACCCCUCUGACCACGACAGUGCGUUCGAAUCGAGUGACAGCUGCACCCACGGCUCGUCCAGUGUAUCCACGCACGACCAGCAGCACCACAACCAGCACUACGACCACCACAACCACCACACCAGCGAGUGUCGAUGAAGAUCUCGAGUACGAGGAGGACACCGAUGAACUAUCGCCUAGCAAGUCAACGGAUGCUGAGGAAGAUCCACAAGUGAUCAAGGAGCUGAUCGACUUGAUUCGCAAAGUGGGUGGUGUGGAGCAGCUGGAGAAGCAUCUGUUGCGCAACAAGGACGGAUCGAUUACCUUGAAGGAAAAUUCUGCCAAUGGUGCAGCCACCACGCCUUCUACCAUUAGCAAAUCUCUGUAUGAUCGUGUGCUGAGUCGUCCUGGAACAUUGAGUUCUUUCAGUCGCAAUCGUUUCAAGCUCAGCGAAGCCACGGAGACGAGCACGGAAGCAACAGCUACCAGUGCUGCACCCAGUGGCAGCUCCAACAGCUACUCCAAGUACUCCUCAGUUCUGAGGGGCAACAGCCGACAGGGACCACAAAACGAGGGCAUCGAGAAGCUGGCCGAGUUCGAUGGCUUCUUGAAGGAGCGCAAACAAUAUGUCACCAUCAAUCGCCAUCGAUCUGCCAGUCAGGGUGAUGAGGAGGAGCAUGCAGAUCAGCAGGAAGAGGAAGAGAACCUGGCCGAAGUUGAGACAACCACACGUCGUCCAUUGAGCUCGGUAACGCCUUCGUACACAAGUCUGCGACGCACAAGGCCCACUACCGUGGCACCUCCAGCAGAACAAUCCCAGGAGGAGGCGGAGCAGCAAACCCAGACUCAGGUCAAAUCCUAUGCCACCUUGAGCCGUACACGUGGACGCACCACGGCAUCACCAGAGGUCACGGAACCAGCGCCCAGUUCGACAACUAAUCGUUACAAAUACUUUGAGCGCACGCGACCCACCAAGAGUGCCACUGUCGAGGAUGCCGAAGAUCCCACGGAGGACGAAGAGGAGGAGUACGAGGACGAGCAAAAGGACAUUGUUACGGUACAGAGCAAACAAACCACAAACACACGUAAAUAUGCGAGCAUCGGCCGCAGAACAACCACCACCACAACGCCAACACCAGAAACUACAACAACAACUGCCGGCACUGAGACUGCCAAGGCCAGCACAACAACAACAACCACCAACAACAACAACAAGAACCACUACAACAGCAGCAAUAACAACAACAAUGUGAAACUGAAUAACCUAAUACCAACAGAAGAGAACAUCACAGCAACACCCAGCACCACCGCCCAAUCCGAAACCACCACCACAACUAACGAAACCACUGAACCAAACGAAAGCACCUCAACCACCACCACCACCACCACAUCGACAACUAACAACCUGCAUACCACCACACCCACACCAAUUGUAGCAUCCACUGUCCCAACAACAACCGCCAACAACAAUGGCAUUAACUCAGACUCUCUGCUAGCCACCGAGCUGAGCGAAGCCUCGCCCACCCAUCUCCCUCCCAGUCCCGACCUAGAGACCACAACGCCGACUACAACCCCCUCAACCACAACAACAACAACAACGGAACCCGAACUGGCCACAACAACAACCACACCGAAAACAACAACAACAAUCACAGGCAACAACGAACUGAAUGACGUGAACAACGUGGACGAGGACAGCGAGGUAACGAAAACUAAGACCCAAUACAAGUAUGCAACGACCAACCGUCGACGUAUAACCACAACAACAACCACGAACAACAACAACAACAACAGCAACAACAACAACAAUGCAGAAGCAGCGAACGAUGCUAGUCCAACAACAAACGGUUUGAGUAGUUUAAAUAGAAUUAGAACCAACCCGGGCAGAAGGCAACCCCAACCAGAACAGACCCAAACCACAACCACCGAACCAAACCUUUCUAGUCCCAGACCCUUUGGUUAUCCCCGACGUCGCACACGUCCCACAGCCAGCACCACCACCACCACCACCACUUCUCCCCAAACCGAUAACGAUAACAAUACCGAUAAUAACGAUAACGAAACCGAUGCAGUUGCUCAAGUAGUGAAGAAGACACGACUAUCCCAAGGGGAUAGGCCCAAGGUGAGUGCCAGUCUUCCAACAGCAACAGCAAUCAACACACGAACAAAAACCUCCUCACUGCACCACCAAGAAUCCCAAGUAGAAGUAGCUGGUAACGGUGGCAAUGAUAGCUUAAGGCAUGAAGUAGUUAGCUCUAGUUUAAGUCAAUCCCAAAACCACAUCGAAACCGAUGUCCCCAGCACCACUACCCAGCUUCCUUUCAAGUACACUUGGCGAGCGGUGCGUCGUCCCGCGUCGCAGCGUACUGUGGUGCCUAAUUCUUUAGCGGGUGACGACAAGGACUCGCGGCGCUUUGCCGGCAAGCAGUUGAACACCGUAUCAAAUGUGGAAGAGGAGGAGCUGCAAACCACCACCAAGUUCCGCAGUCGUCGUCUGAAUUCCGCCGAAGACGAGUCCGAGGUGGCUCUCGAGGUGGCAACCCAAUCAGCAUCUCACGGUUCCCGCAGCUAUCAAAGCAUCCAACGCUCUGCUAGCAAAGCUUCCACAGAUGACUCUCAAAUCCGAUACAAAGCCAUCACUCGCGACUCCGAAGGUGGUGCUCAUCUCAGUGCAGGACGCAGUUCAAGCUUUGUCAGGAAUCUCGGUGAAGCUGCCAAACCUACACUUCCCCAUCAGCCUAUAAGCAGAGGUGGACAGAUCGUAGAAAGCACCACCGAAGAUGAGAAUGUGGCUGCCGAGAUAAUCGAUGAUGAAAAGAGAGGAGAGACCAAAGCCCCAGCUGGAAGUGAAAAUGCAGAUGAUAGUAACACUGCCACCGAACAGGAAUCUCCCGAAAUUGUCACAGAACCUGCACCACCACAGCUAGAAGUCACCACUCUGCCCUCAGAAACUGCAGAUGUGAGCUCUUCAGAAGCAACGAUUAGCAGCACCACUGAACAAACUGAAGCUAGCAGCAGCACCACUGAACUGAAUUCUGUUGUUAACGAAUCCAAGGAUGCUUUGAGCACAGAAUCUGGAAAGCAAGAAAGUUCGGAUACCGAAAACCAAGAAUCCGCUACAGAAAUCAACUCUUCUGAAGCUCCUGCCAGCAGCUCAACCAAACCAACUGAAGACUUCAGCAGCAGCACCACUGAAUCAAGUUUGGAAGCCAUUGAAAAAGAAACUUCCUCUAAUAUCAGCGAAGACUCCACUGAGGUGCCUGCUAGCAGCUCAGAAGUGCCAGAGAGCAGUAGCACCACUAGCACCACAGAAGAAACUACAGAAAAACCCACUCGUCGUUCUUUCAACCGCGUUAGUUCAACCACAUCAGAAGCCGUGCCGGAAGAAGAAUCCACUUCCACCGUAGGCCCAAGACGUCGCGUUAUUGUACGCACCAGGACCAGUACCACCGAGGCAGAAGACGAAGCCCAGACAACCACUGAGGGACCAAAGCGACGUAGUUUUUACAGAACCAGCAGUACAGACGCACCUAUCAGCACCACUGAAAAAGAAAGUGAAGCCCAAACAACCACAGAGGGUCUUAAACGUCGCAGCUUUUACAGAACCAGCACAACAGAGGCACCCAGCAGUCCCUCUGAAGUAGAAAGUGAAGUUGAGACAACCACCGAGGGUCCAACCCGUCGUUCCUUCUUCAGAUCUAGCACCACUGAAGCAUCUAGCAGCACCACAGAGGAACAAAGCAGCACCACUGAAGCAGCAAUUGACGUUGAGACAAUCACUGAGGGUCCAACGCGUCGGUCGUUAUUCAGAAGUAGCACCACUGAGACUCCUACUAGCACCACUGUAGCUUCCAGCACUGCCUCCACUGAAGAAAUUAACAGCAGUUCCAUAAGCGAUGAGGCUGAAACAGAUACCAGCACCACUCGACGUUCGCUUUUCCGCAAUAAAACGCCGAGCACCACAGAAGCUGCAACCACAACAACUACAGAAGAAAGUGAAGUGAGCAGCUCCACCAGACGUAGCCUUUUCCGCACCAGCAGUACCACAGAAGGCACGACAACAACUACCACGGAAGCGGCCAAGGAGAGUGAAAAUGAAAAUGAGGCAACCACAGCUUUGCCAAGGCGCCGCGUUAUAGUUCGUGGCAGUUUCAGACCUCGCAAGGAGGGAGAUCUCUCCUCUCUUCUAGCAGCGGAUGCCAACAAAAGAGCCAGAAACCACAGCACCACGAGCACCACAGAAACACCUGAUGGUCAUUCGUCUUCCUCCAAAGAAGAAGAAGCCGAGCAGGAAGAACCGCAAAGUGUGGAGAAGGUAAACAGUGGCCGAACUGUAUUAAAUGCCGUUCGUAACCGCACCACCACUAAAACCGAGAGCUUAGGCAAUGGAGUCACGCGCACUCGCACCACCUACGUGCGCACCCUCGGGGCUGGCCAAAAGGUUGUUAAGCGCAUCCACACCAAAACGGUGGAGGAGAAACCGGCGGAGUAUGAAUACAUUGUCGAUGAAGUUACUCACCCACCAACGCCGAGCACUACCCGUCGCACGGUGACCCGCAAUCGUGGAUCCGUGCGCUUUGAGAGCAAUGAUCUCUCUUCGCUGCUGGCCCUGGACUUUGCCUCUCGUAGUAACCGUAAAAAACAAGGUCAAGCUGAAACAACGGUCACCAAAACGAGAAGACGUCUUCUGAAGAAACCCAAAGAAACCAUCGAACACGAAGAGGUUGAAGAAUUCGAGUAUGAAGCAGGUCAAGAAGCUGGCAAUGAAGUGGAAGAAGAUACGCCUCGUGUUAGCACCACAGCUAGGCCGAUAAUCCGUAGAACCAGACCGACUAGAGGCAGUACUACAACCACCACAACAACCACUGAAAUUCCAAAUGAAGUGGAGCCCAGCACUCGGAGGGCAAGCUUUGCCUUUAAGCGACCCUCAAAACCCAGCACAACCACUGAAGAACCAACUACUACUUCCACUGAACCCACAACCCCUUCAGAGGCUACCACCAGAAGGGUGCUCACCUUCAGAAGACCCGUGAGCACAACUACCACCCAGUCUCCAAUUGAAGAUGGGUCCACCGAGGAAGCCACGUCUUCUUCUACUGAAGGUACCACCAGGAGAGUUCUUGCCCACAGAAGGCCAGUGAGCACAACAACCACCACACCAGCUCCCGUUGAAGAUGAGUCUACAGAAGAUCAGCUAGCAGCCGCUAAGCAGAAGUUUGUAAACCGCCUCCGAACCAGCACCACCACGACAACAACCACCACAGAAGCAACACCAAGCACCACCGAAGAAGAUUUGAGUGAUCUUAAAGUGCAGCUUAGCAACGCCAUCAACCGGUUGCAGUCAGAAAACAAACUAGAAAGCCAGACAGUCACGAAGGGAAGUGAAGCCUCCGAAGACGAAGGCGAUGAUAAGCUCUCUUUACCGAUUUACCACAGAAGAAAGUACUAUCAGUAUGUGAAGGAUUCACCGAUUACCUAUAUAGACAAGUCGCCGGCACCACCGGAUAUUGAAAGUGUGACCGUAAACAUUAAACAGCAAAUCCACGACGUGUUCAAUGUGAGUGAAAAUGAGACACCAAAUAAUUCUCUAGGCGAAGAUGGAGAAAGCGAGGGCCAUCGCCAGGCGAUGGAGCAGGCCAAGGAAAUCAAUGCCGAACUCGGUCAUUUUUUAUUGAAAACCCCCGGGUCAAAGUAGUCAAUCCAACGACAAGGAAAGACCUUUAAAACUAUACCACUAGCAACAGACUCGAGCAAUGAGACCUCCAAGAUUGUAAGCUUCUCUCUUCUAGAAGAAAAGGAAAGAGGCGAAGAAGACGCCAGAGCUUUACGAACCUAUACCAGAUUGAACCGCACACGCUUGACCCCGUCCACCAGAUUGCGCGAGAAGACCCAAAGUGAACCACUAGACACCACAACCCGGAGAAGCUACAGUGUUCCUCAGCGUUUCCGUGUUCGAUCAACAACACCCACGCCAGUGGCAACCGAAAACAGUGAAGAAGUCGAUGACGAAAAUGAAAACAAAUCUGCAGAAGAAUCACUAGUGGGCAGUACAACUACUGCAGUGCCAUCCACUAGCUUUAUAAGAACCCCAACCAGAAGGGUGUUCACCCCCAGAAGACCUGUUAAUGCUGUUGAGGAUUCUAAUUCUUCUGAUAACGAUAACGACAAGGAAGAAGAUGUGAAGGUGGAAACCACAACAAGGCGUUUAUAUGCCGGCUUGACUAGAUUGAGAGGAAGAGGAAGCACCAGCACAACCACCGAGGAAGCCACUGAAUCAACCACCGAGGCUGCAGCCACAACAACCAGAAGCACAAGGCAACCUUAUGCGGGCAUAAAUCGCAGAGUAACAACCACAACAACCACUGAGAGCCCAGAGGAAAAUGAAAUUGAAAAUAAUGAAAAUGAAAAUGAAAAUGAGGAUAAAAAUGAAGAUUCGACCACAGUAAGUUCUCAGAGCGAGACCAGUGAAGGAACAAAAGAAGAAAGUAAGGUGGAAAAUAAAGAAACAGAAGAAGAAAUUGAAAAUAAAGCCACCGAAGAACCUGAAGACAGCACUGAAGAACCCGAAUUGGAAGCCCACAUAGACGAUGACAACGAGAUCCCGCUGGAGGAAAUUCGACCUAGUACAGAAGCCACAACAACAACCACCAGUACACCAGCUAGCAGCACCACACGUCGUCAGUUGGUAAUUCGUCGCCGCUUAAAUGGCACCACAACAACAACAACAACCACUACGGCCUCCCCAGUUGCUGAUGAAAAUCUAGAGAACGAGAUCGAUCAAAAUGAUACGGAGAGCAGCUCAACACCAAAAGCGACAACGACAAUUCCACCAAGGCGGCAACUUUUGAUACGCCGACGCUUCAAUGCGACUGCCGUGCCAACAACAACAACGACGACCGCAAAUCCCAGUGCCGACAAUGAAAUAGAUCAGGGCGAACCAACAACAACCACGCGGCGACCUAUUCUGUCACGUCGCCGAUUUAAUGCGACUUCCAUCAGAUCAACCACGCCGGGAUCAACGAACGGCGACGAGAUUAGCACACGUCGUCCAUAUGCGGCCUUGAACCGCUCACGUAACCGCUUCACAACACCGCGAACAACAACCACCGACAGUGGUGGGGAAAGCGGCGAUGAUGAUGACGACGACGAUGACAAUGAGGAAGAAGAGCAGGUUGCACCGCCACGUGCCGGCUUUCUUCAAACGAACCGCCAUCGAGCUCUGCAACGCACCCCCGAAGAAGAGGAGGAGGCAGUGGCUGUGGUCACAGCACGCAGACCACCAAGCUUUGCAGGUCGUCGUACCACCGCAGCACCACAGAGGAUAAGCUCUAGCACAAGACGCAAUUUGGUGGCCAUAAAUAGAAACCUUUACCACCGAGCAGAGGAGGAUAUUGAUCAGGAUCAGAAUGAGGAAGAACCCGAAGAGGAUUACGAUGAAAAUGAAGAUGGCGAAGAUGAUCAAGAAGAAUCAGUAGAUCCUCAAGUCACCAGCACCACUGCACGUUCACGACUUAGUCAACUGCUUGCCAACAGGCAAAGACAACCACUGAGGACAACCACCGAAAAACAGACGGAGACCGAAGCUACCCAUACGAAAACUGACUCAGACAAUGACGGCGAUGAUGGGGAGGAGAACGAUGAUGAGAAUGACGAUACCUCCGACGAGGUAUCGAACAGUAACCAAACACUAAACCACAGCAACACUCCGGGCAGAGGCACCACUAACCUUAACAAUCUUACUAACCGUAGCACCGCACUGAAUGUAGCUAGUCAACGUAGUAACAGCACCGUAGCCAAUUAUAUUAAUCGAUUCAAGUCAAACAGUUACACAAACAAAAACAACAAACCAGUCACAGUCACAGCUAAUGUUAAGCCAGAUAGUUCAGAUAACGAAGAUGAUGGAGAUGAUAAUGAUAACGAUAACGAUAACGAUGAUGAUAACGAUGCUAGUCUAGAGAAUGAGGGGGAUAAGAAUUCGAGUGGGGCUGGUUUGAAUGCCUUAGGUAAUGUUGUUAAUUCCACACGACGCUUUCAGAAUCGUUAUCAAUUGAGCCGCACCAGAGGCAGCACCACCAACACCAUCCCAACAACAACCCCAACACCACAACAACAACAACAACAACAGCAACCCCCAACAACAACCACAGCCAGACGAUUGGCAUUUGGGGGCCGUCAGCGCGCCCAGGUAACUAAACUAACCCUAGUCGAUGAGCAGACUGAAGAGACCGAAACUAAGGGUGAUGCCCGCGAUCAUGGGGAAGAAGAAGAGGAGGAAGAAGACUCCAACGCAUCUACGACAACAACAACAACAACCACCAGCAGGCCAACACCAAAGCGCAUACGUGUGCUGAAAUUCCGCAGACCCUUGAAUAGCAAUAGCAAUAGUACCACCACCACCGUAGAUAGCUCCACUAAUAGCGCCACUGACACUAACCCAGACACCACCACCACAGCCACACCAACAACAACAAUAGGCCAAAGCACCACCAGCAGCAACAGCAACAGCAACACCACAAGCACCACCGGCAACAAGCGUUUCCGCAAGAUUGUACGCAAGCUGAGACCCGUAGACUCAAGUACCGCGUCCAGUGUGGAUAAUGCCGAUGAAACCACCCGUAAACCUUUCGUUCCCAGCCACACCAGAUUCGCUGAUCAGGAUAAUGAUCUUGUGAAUCUUCGCCAGCGGAUCAAGGACCAGCAGGCAAGAGGUGAGCCACAGGACGGUGUAAUUAGCAGUCGAUUCAAGACACUGGGCCAAAAGGACGAUCAGGAUUUGUCGGAUUUGCAAAAGUUGAGAGACAAGGUAAAGGCAGAGCAGGCGAGGGGUGAAGGUGAUCAGGGCGUGAUCAAUGAUCGUUUGAAGAAGUUGCUGGCCGAGAAGGGAACGAGCACGACUCGCCAAAGAGAAGAAUCUUCCACAGAUGAGGAGUCUUCAUCUGUUUCCUCGGCCAGACCCUUCUUUAAACGCAAACUGGUAGCCCGCAGACCCUAUACACCACCCUCGGCCAGCGGAGGUACCACCAAGGCCCCACUGGCAUUUAGCACCACAAGACCCACGGCCAAGUUUGUGCGCAAGAAGAACGGCAGAUUCGAUCCCUUCAACUCGAGCGUCCGCAAUCGUGGCGAGGGCUUUGUGAGAAGCGAUCCACGAGGCUCCAGAUUGCCAGGAGCCGAUCGAUUCAAGAGCCAGGGCAAUAAUGAUGACGAUGAGGAGGUGGAAGAACGUCACGAGCGCCCACUGCAGAAUCAGUUUGCAACCACUUUGCGUAGACCUUUUGUGCCCAAGACUAGACCGACUUUGGAUAAGUCCAAGCCACAGCAGGAAGAAGAGGAUGAAGAAAGCGAGGAGGAUGAUGAGGAGGAAGACUCUGAGGAAGAAGGAGACGAAGAGGAGGAUGAAGAUGAAGAAGAGGAGGAAAAGCCAGCGGCAGAAGAGGAGAAGCCGCAGGAGGAUAACAAGCCCAAGUUCAAUUCCCCUUACAAGCCAAAGGAUAACCGAGCUCCACCCGGCAAUCGUCCAACAUUUGGAGCCACCGGAAGUGGAACAGGACCUACGGCAUCCGGAAAUGUACCCUUCAAUCCACGCAAUCGUCCAUCGAGCUCGGCAAACGGAAAUAGUACACCAUCCAACCGCUUUGGCACCACAAAACGACCCCGAGUUGUUAACCGCCCGCCGGGAGUGGCCUCACCGAACCUAACCCUGAAACCCGUGGCGAGUGACUACGAACGCACCACGCCGUUGACACCACUGAAACCGGCUCCAUUUAUUCCCAGCAAUAAUAGGAGUUACGAGAGGAAGUACACUGGUCCAUCCACGGAGGCCUCAGAGACGGCCAGUGAGAAUUCCCUGAUAGAAGAUCUGAAUAUUGAUGCACUGAAUGCGAGAAACAAGAAGAUCUUCGAUAAGCACAGCAAGAAACACCCGGCCCUGAAGCCCAAGGUGGUCAAGGUGGAGUCCGAGACUGGAACAGAGGUGGAAACCGGAACGGAGGUGGCGGUGGAAGAAGAAACCACUGAACAGCAGCAGGAACAGGAGCAGGGCUUUGUGACCACCACACCCAGUACACCACCACCACCACCAUCACCACCAGCACCACCCAGCACACAGUCAGACACAGCUACCACCACCACAGACACAACGCCACCAGAAACUGUAACCGAAACUGAAACUGAAACAGAAACCGAAACUGAAACUGUAACCGAAACUGAAACAGCGACCAAUGCUAAUGAAGCCACUUCCGUCAAUUCACAGGAUCAAUCCUUCUCGAGCACCACUCAACCACCGCCGCCGGCCACCACCUUGUUGCAUGUGUUCACCCUGCUCGAGGGUGAGGGCCAAGAAGAGGAGCCCACGACGAAAAAGCCAAAGAUCCGCAUUCCCCCUACCAUACAAACGGAGGUGGUGCCAAAGCACAAGUUGAUUGAGAUUAAUCGCAUUGUGGAGAUCAAUUCCAAGCAGGCCAAGGCUGCUCAGAGGAAAUCCAAGGCAAAUCAGGACUUUAGCAUCUUGAGGGUGGAGUCUCUGCCCCAUGUGGAGCAGCUGGGCGAGAUCAGUGUGGUGAAAUACGUCCAUCUUGUUGAUGGCAGUGACAUACAGGUCAACGAUGGCCACAGCACAGUGGCGGAUUAUACGCCCACAGAACCCACCGUAGCGGGUCAAAUUCCAGCCUCUGCGCCCGUAAGGAACUCUCUGCCUGAUGCGGAAACAAGCGACUCGGAUCGCAAUGGCAAGUCUUUGGUGCCUGAAGUUCUGGCUGGUGCUUUGGAGACCUCAACCAUCUCGCUGGAGGGACUAUUCGAUUCGGCCCGGAAGGGCAAGCAACUGAACAGCAAUAGCAUCGUUGCCGAGACGGAGGAGAGUACUACGAUUAGCAGUAGCAGUGCUGCGGCCACCGAAACCGGGGAGACCACCACAUCGGCACCCACUUACCUGCGUCAACCAUCGACUGCCAGCGUUUCGCGGCGACCGGUGUUGAGUGUCCGCCGGCGGGUUAUCAACUCACCGACGUCGGCAGUGGUUGAAGCCACCACGCAGCAGCCAGCAGAACCACCAACGACCUCCAAAUACAACCGACUGCGCAGCAGACCCUCAGCAGCAGCCUCCGCAGCAGCAGCAACUACAACCGCAGCAGCAGCAACUACAGCCUUCCCAACAGCAACAUCUGUUGCUGGCGGCAGAACCAGCAGCAACAUCUACCUGAACAAGCUGAAAGCCAAGAGCGGAGCAACAGCAGCAGCGGCAUCCGGUGAGGCAGCAACACUGACGCCAGCAACUAGCAACAUACACAGCAGCAACAUCAGCAGCAGCAGCAGCAGCAGCAAUGACAUCACACAAAAACAACACAAGUUCCAGCCCGCCAGCUUCGCACUGCGUCGCCAAUUUCAAACGCGUCGACUGACAACCUUCGCACCGGCAGCCAACGGCGAUGAGAGUGCCACUGAUGUGCCGAGAACCCAAAACCCGCUCUUUAAGCGCCGGCUCACCCUGAUAUCCACCACUCCACCAACUGCCCGCACCACAAAUCCACCAAAUACUGGUCUGGAAACCACCACCACUUUGUAUUUGAAUGACGACGAUGAGGAUCAGGUGGCCAAGUCGAGCAUCCACACCAGUCGUUUCAACCAAAUCCCCGAGCAAGUGCGUUCUCGCGAGGAAUACGAUUUGGCAUUGCCAGCACAGCCACUGAAGAGCACCAGCACCACGGCUAGCACCACUACCAAUGCGCCACUGCCUGUUAUUAGCCAGGGCAUAAGACGCCAGUUGAUACCACGCCCUCGCCGGCCGCAAUCGACCACAGCCACGCCCGCGACCACGCCUACCUUGGGGUCAUCAUCCACGCCUGCUGGCCAUUCGGCUCCACCUCUUUCCCGUCGCCAGCAGAGCCGUCGUCGUCCGCACAAGUAUAUCGAGGUUUAUAGCCGUCCGCCGGCCAAAAGCGCUUUGUUAACGGCCACCUCGAGCAGUAGUCAGCUUUUGGAGGAAGGAUUCCCAGUGGGUCAAAGUCAGGUGGCCCAGAGACGACGCAGUGGAAGCAUUUCACCAGCCAAAAGCGACACCAAGGUCAUUGUCCAUGGACGUGGCAUCAUCGAGUGCCGGGCGCAAGGAAAUUUCCCACAUCCUCUCAAUUGCAGGAAGUUUAUAUCCUGCGCCCGUUUCGAGGAGACAGGGGGAAUCGUGGGAUGGGAGUACACCUGUCCCAAGGGACUCGCCUACGACGGCGUCGGCGGGAUGUGCACCUGGUCGCCCGCGAAUCAGCCCUGCCGGGACUAGACUGAUAAAACCACAGCCCUAAAUAAGCCUCCAAAGCCCAUCUACCCCCACCUCAUCUGGAGACCCUUUUUCGCAUUAGUGAAAAUUCAUUUCCCUACAUUUCCCGUGUUGUAUAUGAUUUUUUUCCCAAUUUGUGAUUAGUUCUGCUGAGGUUGACGAAAAAACGAUGAUGACGAUGAUUAUGAUCAGAAUAAGGAAGUUGAAAUUCUACGUUAAUUAUUCUUAUUUAAGCUUAGUGAUAUCUGAACCCAGUUUUUUUUUUGCGCCUGCUAACUCAGUAGUAAGCAAAGGAAAUAUUGUCUGUAGUUUAUCGUCCCAUAUAUAUAUAUGUAUAUAUAUAGCGCCAUAUAUAUAUAUGUAUGUGUGGUUGGGCGUGUAUACGCUAUAUACCAUAAUGGAUA